AGGUUGAUUUCUUAAUCACUAAGCACCUGGCUGGCCUCAAGAGUAACUUUAAAUAGGGUAAGGGGUUGGCCUGAGUUUGUAAAGGUGGUAUAGAGAGAUUACAGCCUUUCUGUAAAGGUGGAACAGAAUUCCUGACAACUUGUUUAUGGUAUGGAGCAGAAAAGAGAAACGAAAGGUGCUGUUCUAGAGAGCUGGAGGAAGAAGAGCCAAGGGAAGAGAAUUAUAAAGUGAAAAAAGAGAAUAGUGAGAGGGGGAGGGGACCUGCAUGACUGAGUUUGCGUUAUUUCUCAGUGACGCCAUAAAAGGGAAGAAUCUUUUUUUUUCUCUUUUUUUGUUUCAUGUAAAGCAUCCAAAUGUGUUUCCUAUGGAGAGAGGAUUUUACGUGUGCUGGAUUAUUUUUACUAUGACAGUCAUUUGCGUUCUGACAAAGAACAAUGAAGAGCAUUGUGGGAAGGGGAAGAUCGUUGCCAGACCAGCCUCUGUGUUACCCAUAGGUUCCUCUGUUAACAUCACAUGCUCACUGACUCAAGCAACUGACUGCUCACUGAAGACUCUUACAAUAAUGAGAAACAGUACUCAACACAAGUUUGAUAUAAUAGAGUCUUCUGACUAUUCAGUCAGCGUACUAGAUAGCAACCUGUCUCCCUACAGUACAACCUACUCCUGCAGAAAUGCCUGCAAAGUGUUAAUCUGUGGGAUAUACGUCAAGGUGGGAAGGUCUCCAGAUCAACCUGAAAUUGUGAACUGUGAACAGGAAGGAGAAGAGGGAAGUAUCUGCUGUUUGUAUAAAAAAGGAAGAGAUACCUACAUUCAAACCACUUAUCAGUUGCAGAUAUACCCAACAAAUUGCCCUGAUAAUGUAACCAUUGUACACGAAUGUGGAUCGCAGUGCAAAAGCUCACUCGUUAUGGGUCCCCAUGACACUGAAUACACAGCUGUGGUAAAGGCAUCUAAUGAACUUGGAACCAUUGUCUCACUGCCCUAUACAUUUACAUAUUUUGAUGCAGUGAAACCUGAUCCACCACAGGAUAUAUUUAUAGAAUUCCACAAUUCAUCAAAUAUCUGUACUGUGAGCCCCCGCGCUCCUCAAAGCACUUCAUACUUUAGGCUGAGAUAUCGGCUUGUUGAAGACAACACCUGGCAAAUGGUUGAAACAUCAAUACAUAAGAAUCUUACUUUGACAGAUCUUCAGCCAUUCUCCAAAUAUGAAUUCCAAGCUUCCUGCAAAUUUCUGGAAGAUAAAGGAAAAUGGAGUAAUUGGAGCAUUUCUGUGAUAGAGCAGACUCCAGAGGACGUACCAAAUGCCAGUCUGGAUGUAUGGUACAGACAAGAGCCCAUAGACCACAAAACACAGAAUAUUACUCUCUUCUGGAAGAACAUGAGCGCGUCACACUCAAGAGGGCUGAUCAAAUAUUAUCAAGUGGUGUUUUAUAAGGGGAAUAACACAAGCGCUGCAGAGAAACUUACUAUCACAACCACCUGGCUGACAAGUUGUGUUGACAAAGCAGCGUACGUCAUAGCUGUGACAGCUCACAACUCAAAAGGAAACUCCCCUCCCACAGUCAUCAAUGUAACCACUGAGGACGUUUCAGAAUUACCUUCUCCUUUAAACAUUGUGGUCCAGGAAAUAAAUAAUGUGAGUGUGACUGUAGCAUGGGAGAUAUUGCCAAAGAGGAAAAUGUUAACUGGGGACUUUAUACUAGAAUGGAAUGAACCACAUAAGGUCCAUCAGAUUUAUACAAACUGGAUCAAAGUUCCUAAGCACUACAGAUCCGCAAUCAUAUCAGACAAACUAAUGCCCUGUGUGUGCUACAAAUUCCAUUUAUAUGAACUGAAAAACAGCAGAGCAGGAUUUGCAAAAGUUGCCUUUGGUGCUACUAAGCAAGAAGUUCCAUCGACAGGUCCUCAGUUCAAUUACAAAAUUUGGAAGGACAGCAGUAUAUUGGUUACAUGGAAAGAAAUUCCAGCAGAUAGUCAAAAGGGAUGUAUUGUUCAAUAUAACAUUUACAUGCAGAAAACUCAUUCAUUGUCUCCUGUGCAGUUUAUAAUUUUCACCAACCAAUCUUUGAAAAAUCAAUAUCAAAUCAAUAACAUUCAACACAACAUAGAAUAUCUUAUUUGGAUGACGUGCUCAAACGAAGCUGGAGAAAGCACCAGAGCUCUCGUACAACAAAUAUACCUGAGUCUUGAUGGUUCAUUUGAAGGUUACGUGAAAAUUAUUGUGGUUGUAACUAUCACUGCAAUUUUACUCUUUGGUAUUUUCUGCGUUCUAUUCAUAAAACAAAAAUUGCCGUUAUUACUCUACAAAAUUUGGUGCAACAAAACAGUACCCGACCCAGCAAAUUGCUCAUGGGCUAAAGAAUACUCAACUCACAAGAAUGACAAGACAGGAUUACUUCCUGACCAGUUAUCGAGGACAUCUAGCUUUGAGGAGCCGGAUACACUGGAAAUUGAAGUUGCUGAAAGUGGAGAGGAUAUUCAACUUUUCCAACCUGAGAUCUUAAUUAAAAGUGAAGCACUUACAACUGAUACCUUGGAAGUGGAAAAAUUAAUUGCCCUCCAGAAAGAUGUGGAAGAACAAUCUGUACCUAAUGUGCCAUUAAAAUCUGAAGAAUCCAGUUUAUAUCGAUCUCUAAAAUCUCAUGAACCUAUCAUCACGGUGCCAGUAUCAGAUUAUCUGGUCAGCCAGGAGAUCACUGUGGACUAUCUACCAACACAUAUCUUGAGUGACAGCGUUGAUGAUGAGGACGAUGACAGUGAUGAGGUUGACUUUGUACCACUACAUAUCUUCAUACCAACAGUCAUAGGUGGUGGAAAGAUCAGGCUGGAUGCUGUAAAAAUUAAUUCAUUUGUUGAGUGAUGUCUGUACAUAGUGAACAAUAAAUAAGUGUAUUUUGUUGGAGAA